AAAAACCCCGUUCCAACCCGCAACGACCAAGGGACUUCACCGCUCCCCCCACCAAACUCCCCUCCCUCUCGCCGCGCAACCGCACCACCACGCGCUGCCGCAUCGUUGUGCCAUGGAGGUCGCCGGCGCCCGCGGGUCCGGCGGCGGUGGUGGACCGGCGCCGUUCCUGCUGAAGACGUACGAGAUGGUGGACGACCCGUCCAGCGACGCGGUGGUGUCGUGGAGCGACGCCUCUGACGGGAGCUUCGUGGUCUGGAACCCGCCCGAGUUCGCGGCCCGUAUGCUGCCCACCUACUUCAAGCACAGCAACUUCUCCAGCUUCAUCCGCCAGCUCAACACCUACGGCUUUCGCAAAAUUGACCCGGAGCGCUGGGAAUUUGCUAACGAGUACUUUGUCAAGGGACAGAAGCACCUGCUGAAGAAUAUCCAUAGGCGAAAGCCCAUCCACAGCCAUAGCCAUCAACCUGGUGCCCUGCCUGACAAUGAGCGUGCGUUAUUUGAGGAUGAGAUUGACCGGCUUUCACGGGAGAAAGCUGCCCUUCAGGCUGACCUCUGGAAGUUCAAUGAGCAGCAGUCAGGGGCCGUGAGCCAGAUUGAAUAUCUUGAGCAGCGGGUGCUCGACAUGGAGCAACGGCAGGUCAAGAUGCUCAGCUUCCUGCAGCAGGCUAGCAGGAACCCUCAGUUUGUCAGCAAGCUCGCUAAGAUGGCAGAGACCUCCCCGAUCUUCGCAGACGCAUUUCACAAGAAGCGAAGGCUACCUGGGCUGGAAUACAGCGCCGAGGCCGCUGAAACUACCAGUAGCUUUUAUGAUGACCACAGCAGCACCUCCAGGCAAGAAUUGGGCAACGUUUUGAACCAGCACUUCUCCGACAAGCUGAAGCUGGGGCUUUGUCCGGCGAUGACCGAGAGCAACCUCGUCACCCUGAGUGCCCAAAGCUCGCACGAAGAUAACGGGAGUCCUCACGGCAAGCAUCCAGAUUGCGAGAGACCGGGCGUGGAGUGCCUCCCGCUGGUUCCACAGAUGAUGGAGCUCUCUGACACCGGGACAUCCAUCUGCCCCUCGAAGGGGCAGAGCGUGAGCUUCGCCGCAGCCGCGAACAACGACGGGCUCCUGCCGUGCCACCUCAACCUCACCCUCGCGUCGUGCUCGAUGGACGUCAACAGAAGCCAAACCUCCGACGCGAAUGGGAACGCUAUGGAAGAGGAGGACGGCCCAGCGGAGGCGACCACUACAGCCACCAUGGAGGAAGACGACGGCAUCGACAGACGCCAGGGUGAUACCCAGCCCAAGGUUUCAGGCGACUCAGCCACUGCAGCGGACACGACGGCGCCGCCACAUGGGGGCAGCCAACAAGCUCCCCCUCACGAAGAAGCUGCAGCUCCCCCUGUUGUGGCGAACGACAAGUUCUGGGAGCAGUUCCUGACGGAGAGGCCGGGGUGCACGGAAGCCGAGGAAGCAAGCUCUACGCUGAGGAGGGAAGAUCCGUACGAGGACACGAGGAGUGACAGGAGAGAUAUGCGUCAGCUGAAGCUCUGACCUUCAGGUUAGCACGAUCACUUUCCUUUCCCAGAUGGGAUGCAUAUGCACAGUGUUAUGAACUGCGUAUGUAUGUAGUGUGAUUGUACGCAGCAUCACAGGGAGUAGUACAUAUUACCACAGGAGACCAGCAGUUAAUAUAAGUAUAUAAUGGCGGUUUGUGCAUUGUUUA